GUUCUCAACAACGUCAAACAGGAACAUGCAAUUACUUCAUUGUAACACUCAGUACUUAGUACGCAUCCGUAACAUUCUAUUGCACUUACAGCACUAGUACUGAGUAAUUCUGUCCACCUAUCCAUCUUUUAGGACGUUUAAUAUAAGAUGGGAGUGGAAUCACAGAGCGACGAGACUGUGUCGGUGACGCCUGAGGUGGUUCCAUUCACCAAUGGUCUUUCACCUCAGAGCUUAUUGCUGCUUUCCUUGGCGCUGGUCGUGGGUUUACUACUUGUUAUCAUAUUCUCUCGAAGAAAAUCAAGGUCCAGAGGUACCGCACUUCUCCUUGUCGGGCCCUCAGAUGCUGGCAAAACAGCUAUACUUUCUACUCUCGCAUUUACUGGAACGCUACCAUCGCACACGUCACUGCAAGUCAAUACUUCUCUCAUGCCUCUCUCGCCAGUAGGCAUCUUGCCGGUGAUCGACAUCCCUGGGCACCCUCGAAUUAGGGAUCAAUUCGAGGAGCACUUAGUCAAUGCCAGAGCAGUUGCUUUUGUAGUGGAUGCAAGUACCAUAUCACGCAACGGGUCUACAGUAGCAGAACACCUCCAUCAUGUUCUUCAUGCUAUAACGUCGCUUCCUCCUUCACAUUUAGCACCCGCACUCCUCAUCCUCGCUAACAAGUGCGACCUCAUGAAGACAGCUACGUCUUCAGGCUCUCCCACCGAGGUUGCCAUUUCACGCGUGAGAACGAUUCUUGAACGUGAGCUGGAGAAGCGACGAGAGGCUCAGUCUGGCGGCAUGGGGGUCGAAGGCUUGGGCGCUGAAGGCGAACGUUCUGAUAUAGGAGGCCUGGACUGCAGUGGUCCUGGCGGAAUCUUCAAGUUUGCCGAUUGGGAAGGCGGAGAAGUUGAUUUUGCAGGAACAUGGGUAAACGUCGGAGAGCUUAAGGAUGAUGAAAAAGAAGGAGUAGCUACUGACGGCCUAGCCUCAUUGCGGAGUUGGCUGGGAACAACUUUUACUGUGACCUAACUCCCAUGAUCGUGAUUUUUUCUGAUACAAGACACUCAAAACUUGGGCUCAAAUUCUAGGAUGGUCUAUUAGCCGUUGAAUUCCAUCGGAACCAUUGUCCAGAGCGGUGAUUCAUACAAUAGACUUCGUUUAAAUAGAUCGCCCAAAAUUGGAGGUUUC